AAAAACAAAAAAAGUAAAAUAGAAAUGGCUUCCUUCUUCUCUUGUACGGCCACAAUAUUCCUAACCAUUUCCACUUUUUCCAUCAAUGGUUGCAAUGCUUACGGUGCCUUAAUUGAAGGUAUCUGCAAACAGUCCCAAGACUACAAAUAUUGCAUGUCAGUUGUGGGCAAUGACCCUCGCGCAGCCGCAGCAGACUUGCAUCGCCUUGCUUUGCUUUCUAUUCAAGUUAAGGCGAUUCAAAUUCAGGACACCCUCGAUCAAAUCUCCAGAAUUCAUCCUAACUUGAAAGACCCACUCGCACUGCGUCCACUUCGCCAAUGCAAAUCCAAUUACGACGAGGCUUAUACAAAUUUGCAGAGCAGCUUCAGCUCCACUUCUAAAACUGCUUAUAUGGACGCCGUCAACUUCAUGGGAAUUGCAACUAACAAAGUCAUUGAUUGUCAUAAUGGAUUUCGGAGGAAUGGUCCUAUUGCCACAUCACCAAUUGACGCGGAUGAUAUGAAAGUCUUUAAAUCAUCAGAGAUUUUCUUGUUAGCCGUUGACCGUCUUAUUCCUAAGAAAUUGUAGAUUAUUUUAACCUAAACAAAUGUAAUCUUCCUUAAUUUCUAUAAUUGCAUAUCCCUUUUUAUACCAUUCACCAA